AUGAGGCUCAUAGUGCAGGUCCUGUCACUGACAACUCUCUUACUUCUUCUGGUGCCAUCCACAAACACCUUUCUGACUGACUCAGACAAGGGGCGGAGGAAAGUGGUACAUGUCCUGGAGGAUGAAACCGGAGCUGUGAUUGUCCAGACCGCCCCAGGAAAGGUUGUGACCCACCGGGGCGGCACCAUCACCCUGCCGUGUCGGUUUCACCACGAGCCCGAGAAUGUCGACCCGGCCCGGAUACGGAUUAAAUGGACGAAAGUGACGGACUCGCUGCAGUUCGAGGAUGUGUUUGUUGCGCUGGGGCGUCAGCAGAGAGUGUUUGGGUCGUACCGGGGUCGUGUGUCGCUCGAGCAGGCCGGGCCAGGUGAUGCCUCUGUAAUCAUCCAUAAUGUCACCCUGCAGGACUACGGUCGCUACGAGUGUGAGGUCACCAAUGACAUGGAGGAUGACACAGGGUUCGUCAACCUGGAUCUUGAAGGUGUGGUAUUUCCGUACUACCCUCGUCUUGGCCGUUAUAAGCUGAACUACCAUGAGGCAGAGGAAGCGUGUAAACAGCAGGAUGCUAUCCUGGCCUCCCAUGCCCAGCUCCAUAAAGCCUGGUUGGAGGGACUGGACUGGUGCAACGCGGGCUGGCUGGAGGAUGGAUCCGUCCAGUACCCUAUCUCAAACCCCCGAGACCAGUGCGGCCGCAAGGACACUCCGCCGGGAGUGCGUAACUAUGGUUACCGGCACAAGGAGGAUGAACGAUAUGACGCCUUCUGCUUCACCUCCAACCUCAAUGGUCGGGUGUAUUUUCUGAAGCGCUUUAAGAAGGUGAACUAUCUGGAGGCGAUGAAGGCAUGUCAGAGGGAUGGGUCCGUGAUCGCGAAGGUGGGUCAGCUCUACGCCGCCUGGAAAUUCCAGCUCCUGGAUCGCUGCGAGGCGGGCUGGGUCGAGGACGGAAGCAUCCGGUACCCAAUCGUCAACCCCCGAGCCCGCUGCGGGGGUUCCGAGCCGGGCGUGCGGAAUCUCGGCUUCCCCGACAAGAAGUUCAAGCUCUACGGGGCGUACUGCUUCCGUAAGAACUGGGACGGGCCCACCGCUCCACCCACGGCCGGUCUGAGUAACGCUCAGAACACCAUCAAAACCAUCAGCAACAUUACCAAAAGCAUCUAG